AUGUCACAGUCGCAAGCGGAGCUUCGCCGGCAAGGCAAGCACGAAAAGGCGCGCGCCAAGAUGAUGGAGGACUUUGAGCGCCAAAAGGCGGACCUGAUCAAAGAGGCGGAACGCAAUCGCACAGGCGCGGAUCGCUUCGUCGGCAAGAACGACACAAUGGAGGACGCGCUGAAGAAAUCGACGAUCGGUCUGGUGCAUCUCGAGGACUUCCAGAAGCUGCGCUCCGAGCUGGAGGAGGAGAAGCGCCGCGAAGCAGCGCAGACGAACGAGCUGAAAGCGGACGACCGAGCCGCCAAGAAGAAGAAGUCGGCCAGAAAGGAGCGUUCGAAGCUGUCGUUUGCGCUCGACGACGAAGAGGAAGACGGUGCUGCAUCGAUACCCACCAAAACCAAGCGCAAGAGGCCCUCGAACGACGACGGCGACAAGGAGGCAGAGGUGGUGGCGGUACCGAAGAAGACGAGUCUGAAGAACCCGAAUGUGGACACGUCGUUCCUGCCCGACCGCGAUCGGGAGGAGGCGGAGCGUCGGAUGCGCGAAGAAUUGCGCCAGGAGUGGCUGCGCAAGCAGGAAGAGAUGAAGAAGGAGGACGUCGAGAUCACCUACUCGUACUGGGACGGCACAGGCCACCGCAAGACCGUCAUGUGCAAGAAGGGCGAUACGAUUGCGCAUUUCCUCGAAAAGUGCCGCCAGCAGGUGUCGGAACUGCGCGGCAUCUCGGUGGACAGCAUGAUGUACAUCAAGGAGGACCUUAUCAUCCCACACCACUACAGCUUCUACGACUUUAUCGUCAACAAGGCCCGAGGAAAGUCCGGGCCGCUGUUCAACUUUGACGUGCACGACGAUGUGCGGCUGAUUGCCGACGCCAGUGUCGAGAAGGACGAGUCGCAUGCUGGCAAAGUGGUUGAGAGAUCGUUCUACAACCGGAACAAGCAUGUCUGGCCGUACAGUCGCUGGGAGGUGUACGAUCCGAAGAAGGAGUAUGGCAGCUACACGAUCCACGACCGCAAAAAGUGA